UGAACUGUCAAAAAAGAUGAAGUUUUUGUAAGAGCGUGAGCCAAGUGGGUUUUCUUCUUUCGGCGUAUAAAUUUUAAGAAAUAUUCACUUAAAAAUAUCCUGAAAAAUGGCUUUAAGUAACAUAUUAUUUAAAGCCCAAUUGCAGCAGAGCAUACGUUACACGACACCCUUGAUUUUUGCCAGCCGUCAGGGCCAUACAGUGAGAGGAAAACCGCCCGGUGUGGCCAAAACGAUUGAACAACGUUUGCAGGACGAAAAUGUAGAAGAUCCGGAAUUGACCGCCAGAAUCAAUAUUGGCUUUCCCAAAUUGAAGACCACACGUUCGGAGCAGUUUAAAGAAAGAAUAAGUCAUAUUAAAGCUCAACGUGUUGAUGGUGAAUUGGAGAAAAAGGCCAGAAGUAAUCAAUUGCUUAUCGACUUGAGUGAAGUGCAAAAGGAUUAUGCUAAGACUACACGUGGUUACGAUUUGCGUAUCUUGGCAGACCAUUAUGGCAUUUUCGAAGAUCUUUUUGGUGCUGCAUACUUUGUGCCUCGCGUCAACUUAAAUAUACAGUACCAAGCGACUGAAGAUACAUUGAUUCCAGUAUAUAAUGGCAAUAUUAUCAAGCCUUUGGAAGCUAGACAAGCUCCGACAGUAACAUUUGAUGGUACUACGGACCCUAUUACAAAUAAACCCAUCAAUGGCGAAUCAUAUUGGACUUUAAUUGCUACAAAUCCAGAUGGUCAUUUUACUGCAAAUGAUAAGGAAUAUGUACAUUGGUUUGUAGGAAACAUACCCAAUGGUGAUGUUAAAAAAGGUGAUGUUGUAGUCAACUAUUUGCCACCAUUUCCACCGAAAGGUAUUGGCUAUCAACGUUUUAUUUUUGUGUUGUAUAAACAAAAUAAGAAAAUGGACUUUAGUUCAUUGAAAUUGUCGGCCGAAGACUAUGUUAAUUUGGAAAAACGUACCUUCAAAACAUAUGACUUCUAUCGUCAGCAUCAAGAUGACAUUACACCGGCUGGUUUGGCCUUCUAUCAAACCAAUUACGAUAAAUCUCUUACUAAAUUCUAUCAUGAUGUUUUGAAUUUAAAGGAGCCCAUUUUCGAAUACGACUUUCCUGAACCAUAUUUGGCCGAUCAGAAAUUCUUUCCAUUGAAACAGGCUUUCAACUUGUACAUGGAUCGCCAUCGUGAUAUAAAGCAAGUGAAUAAAGAAUAUUUGGAACGUAAAUUGGCCAAAACACAUCCAUUUAAUGGACCCAACAAACCAUUGAAGUAUCCGAAUGCUCAUCCCAUUAAGGACACUCCGUCUUGGUUGCGUACCGAAAUUAGAAAAGAACGUUUGAAACUUGGUCGCAUUAAUGAUUAUUGAAUUGAGUGAAGAAAGAGUUUGUUAUAUUUUUGGUUGAAUCAUAUUAGAAUAAUAAAGUAACAAUAUUUAAAUGUCACGUAAAA